UUCAACGGCCUCUUCCUUGCGAAGAACAAAGACCAAGCUUUCUUACUAACUUCCAGAGAGAGCAGCCAAUAAAUAAUUGGUCUCUCUUCAAUCGAUCGAUCGAUAUCGAUCUUCGUGUACGUUCCUUGAACCAAACUAGUACGUGCUGCAUCCCUUGAAGUACCAUUAACCAUUCAUGAUUGUCGGUGAGAUUAUUAUUCAGUUGCGAUCUGAUCGAACAUGGAAGCGCAGAUGAGUACCACUUCUAAUGAUCAAAAGGCCAUGGAAACUCUCCAAGCAAACUCUGAGAGUUUGCGAAAAGAGAAUGAAACUCUAAGAUUCAUGCUUGGCGUUAUGAACAGAAAAUGCAAUAUUCUUCAAGCCCGUCUUCAAGCUAGAAAGGCAGAACAAAUAAUGGACAUCAAUUUAACUCAUCAAAGCGGCUCAAACAACGAAACAAAUUACAAGAAAGCACGGACACAGUUUCCGGCACCUAAUAGUACAUCACGAAUCUUAGUGAGAGCUGAUUCUCUGGACAAUAGCCUAAUAGUGAAAGAUGGCUAUCAAUGGAGGAAAUAUGGGCAGAAGGUUACUAAAGACAACCCAUCACCCAGAGCUUAUUUCAGGUGUUCCAUGGCUCCUGGAUGCCCCGUCAAGAAGAAGGUACAAAGAUGCGUGGAAGAUAAGAAUGUUCUUGUCGCAACCUACGAUGGAGAGCAUAACCAUGAUGCUAAUGCUAAUUCUCAUGAUGUCGGGGAUCAGUACUCUUUAUCUUCAUCAGAUCGUAUUGGAGUGGCCAUGACGAGCUCAAAUUCAAUGCAUGAUAUUUCUAAUCAUAGCCCAUUUCGACCAGCUAUCGCCCUUGAUCUCAGUCUCUCUGGGCCAAACAAAGAAAAUCGAAGAAAUUAUGUGGAAAAAGACCAUCAAAACAACUACUACAAUAAAAUUGAAGAAUGCGUGGCCUCUUUGACUAAAGAUCCUAACUUCACCGCAUCUUUGGCUGCAGCAGUUGCACGCUCCAUGUAUUAGCCACCCACCAGCCUAAAUUACCAAAGCUUUGAAGUGAUCGAUCAACAUCAUACAUGAUCUUUGUAACUGUAAAGAGAUGAAAAUAGCCUGGAAUCUGUGCUUAAUUAAGAGUGAUAGUGUUCUUUUGGGUGUUGAUUAAUAGUGUUGAGAAUAAAGUUUCAUCCUUGUAAAGAUAAAAUAUGGAGGGAUAAAGGGAAAAGGGCACUUGUGUUUGCUAUAAAGUUUGGGUUCAUCAUUUUUCUAUUCA